AUGAAGCCAUCCGACGCCACCCGGUUCGGCGCGCUACUCGAGUGGUCCCAACAGCAUGGGGCCGAGUUGCAUCCGUCUCUCGAGAUUUAUCAUGACGAUGUCAGCAAAUACUCGCUCCGAGUCAAACCAACCGUCAAUGAGGGGCUUGAGCCUGGCUUCACGGCCGUCUCAUGUCCUCUCUCAACGACACUUUCGUACUUGAACGCCCUCAUCGACGGUCCCCUUGACUUCUCAUCACCGUCAUCGCCACACACAACAGAUGGGGCAUUCCCUACCAACUUCACAAAAUCUGUCCCACCCCACGUUUUAGGCCGCUUCUUCUUGAUCAAAGAGUACCUGAAGGGAAAGGACUCGUACUGGGCGCCCUACAUUUCGACCUUGCCUUCCCCUGAGCAGGUGGCAGCCUGGGCUUUACCGGCUUUUUGGCCCGACAGUGACACUGCCUAUCUUGAAGGCACCAACGUCAGUGUCACCAUUGAAGAAAUCCAGGCCAAUGUGAAGCAGGAGUUCAAGCAAGCCCGUAAACUGCUGAAGGACGAGGGCUUCCCGGAUGUCACCAGUUACACCCAACUUCUCUACAAAUGGGCCUUCAGUAUCUUCACCUCCCGCAGUUUCCGGCCUUAUUUGAUCCUCUCCGAAGCUGACCACCAACGUGUCUCCGGCCUCCUCCCCGACGGCGUCAAGCUUGACGACUUCUCCAUCCUCCAACCUCUCCUCGACAUCGCCAACCACUCCAUCACAGCCAAAUUCACCUGGAACACCGUUUCCUCUCCACACCCGGCGUGCCAGUUGAUUUGCCUUGACCGCUAUCAGCCUGGUGAACAAGUUUACAAUAACUAUGGCCUCAAGACCAACAGUGAACUCUUACUAGGUUAUGGUUUCAUGUUGCCCGAGACAGAGCGGCUACACAACGAUUACAUUCACCUGCGGAAGCGUCAACCACAACCAGGCACGGGCCACGAGAACGACCAAAGGGUGCCUCAGUCCUUCCUCAUCUCACUGCGCCCUGUACCUGACCCCAGCUCACUCGUUGCCAACUCCCGGCUACCAUAUGACAGGCAAUCAAAUGGUCUUGCCUCGCUACCGUCCCUUAGAAACUUUGAGCCAGCAUUGCUGGACGAUCUCACAACCACAGUGGCUUCGCCAGAGGAGAUAGCCGCUAUACGCCAGUGGGAAUCGAGCACCGACGUAACGUCGCCUCCCGAAGAGCUGGCCGAAUUCGUGGAAAAGAUCAUUGCCAUCCUAGGUACCAAGACGGACUCCGAAUAUUCGCAGUUGAUGAGGGUCGGAGUACAGGGUCAUGACGAAGAGACCGAGGAUGGGGAAGUGAGGACAUGGCUGCCGCCCCCGACGAACGCAAAUCAGGAACUUGCCGUAAGUUAUCGAGACCAGUGCGCCAAAGUGCUGAUUGCCGCGCUGGACGCGCUGGUAGGGGACGAUUGA